GACGUGAGCGAUCCUCCUGUUUGUUUGUGUAGCUCGAGGAUGAAAAUGGCGGUGGCGAGAGAUCAACGCGAGAAUUAAACACACAAAUGACCAUUUGACGUGGAUGACAGCGGCACUGCAGCUCCGCGAGCGACUAAAGAAGCGUCUCAUCGUCACGCGAGUGCAUUCACGACAGCAAACACCCGGAGUUUAACGAGAAGAAACUGCGUCCUGGAUUUAAAAUAGCUGCUGAAAUUAGCCCGCUAACCUCGUUAGCUUAGCUAGCCUUCAACCGAAGGGUUUAACGGACACCACAGCACAACACUAACGGAAUUAUUCUGCCAGAAUAAGAUGAACUGCGCAUUUCUCGACUUACCUCUCAUAUGCAAGCUCAGCCGCUGGCGCUGGGCUUGCAGAAAUGUUUGCAUCUGACUGAAUGCAUAACUAAUCGCUCCAUCUGGCUGUAUUAGCCAGCAAACAACAUCCAGCAUUCUCAAAGUUCACAGAGCAUCUGUAAGAGGAGAUCGGACUAAACAGGUUGGAUUGAGCGCCCUUUACCUUCCUCCCUCCCCUAGUGGGAUGGUUCUGCAUGACAGGGAGGGUAUGGUUCUCUAACCUCCCUCUCUGUCCUCCAGGUCCCAUCCUGUAAACCCAGUAGACCACAGCCAUAGUGAUCUCCUCAAUGAACAUCCUUCAAGAGCUCUAGAUCAAUUGCCAUUGGUCAUCCAUUUAGUGCUGCCUCCCCCCGGUGGGAUGGUUCUGCAUAACAGGGAGGGUGUGGCGCCGUAGCCCCCUCUCUUUGACAUCUCUCCCGCCUCAUAAACCCAGUGGACCACAGCCAUAGUGUCCCCUUCAAUGAACAUCCCUUUGGAGCCCUAGACAAAGUGCGCAAAUGCUCAAAAUGAGUGCCGCCGGGGAGAAUGCACUCGACCCCAACAUCUUAGAGUCACGGAAGAGGAAGGGCUCUCCAUGUGAUACCUCUGGUCCCAGUGUGGAGAAGCGGCGGCGGGAGCUGGAGUGCCGCUACAUUGAUGAACUGGCUGAGUUACUGUCGGCCAACAUGAGCGACAUUGCCAGCUUGAACGUGAAGCCGGACAAAUGCCACAUCUUAAAAAGCACCGUGGACCAGAUCCAGCAGAUCAAACGGCGCGAGCAGGAAAAUGCAGCUCUGAUGUCUCCAAAUGAUGAGGUGCAGCAGAGUGACAUAUCGUCCAGCAGUCAUGGCAUGGUGGAAAAGGAAGCUCUUGGGCCUCUUCUCUUAGAGGCCCUGGAUGGCUUCUUUUUCGUCGUGAACCGUGAGGGCCGCAUUGUGUUUGUCUCUGAGAACGUCACCGGUUAUCUGGGUUAUACCCAGGAAGAGUUGAUGACCUCCAGCGUCUACAGCAUCCUUCAUGUGGGAGAUCACAACGAGUUUGUGCGCAUUCUGCUGCCCAAGAGCCUUGUAAAUGGUGUGCCAUGGUCUCAGGAGCAAGGCCGGAGGAACAGCCACACGUUUAACUGCAGGUUGCUGAAAAGGCCUCCAGACGAGGUGGACUCAGAGAACCAGGAGGCCCGACAACAGUAUGAGCUCAUGCAGUGCUUCACAGUCUCUCAGCCCAAAGCGCUGCAGGAAGAGGGCGAAGACCUGCAGAGCUGUUUGAUCUGUAUAGCAUGUCAAAUACCCCGUCCACCUCAAAUCCCUGUUAGUACAGAGUCCUUCAUCACCAAGCAGGACCCUACAGGGAAAAUCAUCUCUAUUGAGACGAGUGCUCUGAGGGCCACAGGCCGACCAGGUUGGGAGGAUCUGGUCAGGAAGUGCAUCUAUGCUUUCUUCCAGCCUCAGGGCAAUGAGCCCUCCCAUGCCAAGAAGCUGCUUCAUGAGGUGAUGACCCACGGCAUGGCCAUCAGUCCUCUCUACCAUUUCACACUCAGUGACGGGACGUCCCUCAGUGCGCAGACGCGCUGCAAAUUCUGCUGCCCCCAAAACCCAGACGUACAGCCCUUCAUCAUGGGCUUUCACACUAUAGACAGGGAACACAACACUGCUAGCUCUCAGGAAAACACUACCCCCAGCCUUUCGUCUCCUGCUGCUCCCCCUUCCCGCUCGCCUGCCCUGCAACCCUCCAGUGACCUCAGCAUCCAUCUCAACAACACCAACGGCACCUGUGCCACUCCCGGCCCCCUCACGCCCACUCCACCAGGCUACCUGACGCCCAGCCGCGUCGGGCCGUCACAGCAGGUCAGCAGCCCCUCUCCACUAGGCAGCCCUCUUACAGCAACCCCUACCUCAUUCAUGUCGCCCCGACCUCCACGGGGCAGCCCGGGCCUGGCCAGCAGCCCACGAGUGCCCGGACAUCCAUUCUCCCCCUCAACGCCCAGCAUCCACUCGCCAGCUGGUGGACUAACCAGGCAGCAAUCUGGCGGCGAUGGUGUUGGUUUCUCGCUCCCUUCUCCUUUGCCCCCCAGACAGACUCCAACUCCCAGCAGCUCGCCGGCAAGGCAGCCUCCUGCCAAACCGCCAGAAGCAUCCAACGAUGAGCCUAAAAGCAAUCAAGUCGGCAACCCCAAGCUCAGCCAGCUUUUAGAUGGCGCAAGCGCCCCCGAACAAGACUCACAACCCCGUCCUUCACCCACGUCCCAAUGCCCGGCCUCGCACAGCAGCCUGACAGAGCGGCAUAAGAUUCUGCAUCGGCUGCUUCAGGACAAUAGCCCUGCAGAUGCGGGCAAGGAGCCGGAUAUUAAGAAGGAGCCCCCGACCAGUCCCAACUCAGCCUUGAUAGCACGGGGACUCGGGAAGGAGCCCCAGGACCACCAGCUGCUACGUUUCCUGCUGGAUACGGAUGAAAAAGACCUGGAGGACUUGCCACCUCCGGCCACCCUCAGCCUUCAGACGGUAAAGGUGAAAGCUGAGAAGAAAGGAAGCAGAGAGAAUGUGUCCUGUGCUGCUGCUUUGGCCAACAAUGCCAUGCCUGGCUCACCUCAAUCCAGUGGCAAGGCCAGCCCGCAGUUUCCCAGUACCGAUCUGGACACUUUAAACCAGCUCUUGCCCACUCUGAGAGCCUCUGUUGGAGGUAAAACAGUAGAGGAACCCAGUGAGGACAGCCUUUCCAUCGGGGUCAAUGUGAAGAGAGAGUCACCUGGAACAUCAAGCCAAGCAUUCCCUGAUGGAGAAAACCUCUCAAGUCAGACCUCUUUUGACUUUUGUGACCCAUCCACACCAAACCAGGGUCAGAGUCAAGUCCAGGUGUCGGAUCUUGGCCAGACAGAGCUGUUUCAGCCACCUAAGGAGAGCAGCAGCCCCUUUGCCAGUCCAACAAGCCACAACUCUUUUAACACUAACACAGGUCUGGCCAAACUGGAGCUUCCAGAUUCUCAGCAGUUCCAGGCUUUGCCUCUGGUUGAACCAAUGACCUUUGAUAACAGUUUGGCCAACCAGACACAGGCCCCUCUGUCCUCUCCUCAAGAGCAGUGUGUCCCGUGUCCGCUGGAUGAGAUGCUGUGUCCUCCCACCACCCCAGAGGGACGAAACGACGAGAAGGCCCUGCUGGAGCAACUGGUCACUUUCUUGAGCCACACUGACGAGAGCGAGCUGGCAGAGCUGGACCGAGCGCUGGGCAUCGAUAAGAUUGUUCAAAGUGGAUGCCUUGAACCAGUCACCCAGACCCCCUUUCCUCAAUCUCAGCCCCCAACACCUGUACCCUUGGACCCCAAACUGCCCAGCUACCCCUCUCAGUUCCCCACCUCGCCCUCACAGUUUCCUGCUGAGAUGGCCACCGCACAGGGCAUGAGCUUUGGGGCCCCACGGAUGCCGUUUCCAGGCAACGUGGUGCAGGCCGGCAUGAACCGAGCUCCCGGUGUGUCCAACCAGCUCCGGCUACCUCCAAACCAGCUGAGACUCCAGCUCCAGCAACGCCUGCAAGGGCCACAGCAGCUCCAGAACAGGCUGGCAGCCAUGGGCUCCUUCCCCCAGGGGGGGCAUGUUGCCAUGGGGAUGCGUCAGAGCAUUCAGCAGCCUCAGAUGCCCUCUCAGCCUCCGCUGAAUGCUCAAAUGAUGGCCCAGCGGCAGCGUGAGGUCUACAGUUACCAGCACCGCCAGCGGCAGCUUCUGCAGCAAAAGGUCAUGCUAAUGAGGCAGGGAAUAAACACAGGGCCCCUGGGGGCUCAGAGACUUCCUAAGGGCCCCCAGCAGCAGCAGCAGCCGCCACCGCAGCAGCAGCAGCAAUUUGGCUUUCCUCCAGGAUACAACGCUGUGCCUGGAAACACCCCUACCUCCCCGAGCCACUUUAACCCCAUGGGAGGACCUCUGGACCCAAAGCUGUCCGUCAGGGCAGGCCUGGGGAACCAAGGCAUUAUGGGAGCCAUUCAAGGGCAGUUUGGGGGGCCUGUGAACACUCCUGUUCAACAGGGGCUUUUCCAGCAAUUUGGGGGGUCUGGCAUGAUUCAGCAAGCAGAUCCAUCGUUUGCUCCUGAGCUCAGCCCCACCAGCCCCCUGCUCUCACCUCAGAACUCCACCUCCCAGAGUCCUCUGCUCCAGCAGACACAGCCUCCGCCUGGUUACCAGUCACCUGACCUCAAGACCUGGCAGCAGGGAACUGUGGCAAACAACGGUAUGUACAACCAGGUGGGUCCGCCAGUCUCUCAGAGCUUUGGGCAGCAGGGCGUUUAUAACAACAUGAGCAUCACCGUGUCAAUGGCCGGAGGCUCUGGAGCAGUGAACACUCUACCUCCUAUUGGUCCAUCCGUCGGCAUGGGCAACAAUAACCUUGGCAACGUCACCACAAUGUGUAAUGAGCAGGUACAGCAGGUUCAGGUGUUCGCUGAUGUCCAGUGCACGGUAAACCUAGUGGGCAGUGACUCCUACCUUAACCAGUCGGGGCCUAUCGGAUCCCAAAAGGGCCCGAGCGGAACCCCCAGUGCCCAGUCCCAGCAGAAAAGCCUCCUCCAACAGCUCCUGACCGAGUGAGAGCCGCCACCAUCCACCAGAGGGACAGUCAGUCUCCACAUGUAGAGAUUUUUAUCCUUCACCUUUGGUUUCUAUACAGUAUAUCUGCAGGGUCGGUGUCUGGGGCCCAGGCUUGAGAGGUUUCAUAGCUGUUCGACAAAGUGCUCAUUCCUGGUCACCUUAUAAAGCGUCAGUUUCCGGAAAAGGAGAAACAAAAAGAGAUCACGUUCCAGAAUUUGCCAAGUCUGUAUAAAAACAAACAAAAAAAGAGUAAUUAAAAACACGGACCUGCUGCUUCAGCCGGCUACACGUCCUGUCGGUCAGGCCAACGUUGCAGUGCUUCUUGGAGAGCGGCGCAGCAGCUGAGCUCGGAUUGGAAACUAGGGCGGGCCGUUGCCAUGCUGUUGCUAAGUUCAUGGAAUAUUGUUCAGUUUCAGCUGGAUCUGUGACUGAUAGGCUCUCCUCAGCAGUGCCUGAUGAUGGGAGGAAUUUCCCGCCUCUUUUUAUUUGUUAGUCUGUUCUGUUUGUUGUCGUUCUCUUUGUUUUUCGUUUGUCUGUUUUCAGAACAAGCAUGGCCAGGAUGGGAGACUGCUCUGUAGUGCGUAUCCGUCUGCUGCAGGCUUUCCUGGCAACACUGUUUUGAAACGGCAGACGUUUUUUUUUUGGGGUUUGUUUUGUUUUUAUUUGUUUUGAAACAAUGUCCAACACAUUUCCCCCCUCAGCAGCUGUGAAUACGAGCCACUUAGGGUCAACUCAGCCUAUCAGUGUUUUUAGCGGCGACGUGUUGUGCAGGUUGGUAUUAUUGUACAGCACAAAACGGACAAAGUUGGGACAAGCUCACACUUUGUAAUUUCCUUUAACACCAAACAUCAUCAAAUCCUCUUGUUUUAGUUUUUUUUUUUUUUCGGACGCAUCAACGUAACAUCUUUUCUAAUGGCUUUGUGAAUCACUUUUUGUUAUUUAAAACAAACAAACAAACAAACAAAAAAAAUCAUCCAUCAGAAUUUC